GGCCGCGCCGGGCAGGGUCUUGGGGCCGGAAUCGGGCAGCUGAGCGUGCUCGCACCCCUCCGCUCCUCUGCCAGGCACAGCCGCGGUGCGGCUCCGCCUGGCUUCCCCCCCCCCCAGAUUUCCCCCCCCCCACCCUCCCCCCCCCCCCCCACCGCACCCAUCCCGGGAUUUCAACCCCCUCAAGGCCUCCGCCCCCCUCCUAGAUCCGCUCCUCCGAGCACCCGUUCCUUCGGGCUGUCCCUUCCACUAGAACCUCCUUGCCAGGAGACCCUUCCCUCAGACACCCACGGCCCCCACCCUCCGGGCACCCAUCGCUCCAGGUCACCCACUACCUUGAGACCACCCUCCCGGGGUCGCAUGCCGGGAGUCUCUACCCCGCUCCCUUUCCUCGAGUUGCCCCCCUCCCGGACAGCCCUCCUUCCUUCUCCAGUAGCUACUACUCCUGCCUCUCCGGGCCUGCUCCCCGUACCCAGCCCUCGGUGCUGCCCCCGACAGCGCCGCGCUCCCUCAGCCGCCCCCCUGCAUCUCCUGCCCCCGGCGCCAUGGCGUGUAGCCUCAAGGACGAGCUGCUCUGCUCCAUCUGCCUGAGCAUCUACCAGGACCCGGUGAGCCUGGGCUGCGAGCACUACUUCUGCCGCCGCUGCAUCACGGAGCACUGGGUGCGGCAGGAGGCGCAGGGCGCCCGCGACUGCCCCGAGUGCCGGCGCACGUUCGCCGAGCCCGCGCUCGCGCCCAGCCUCAAGCUGGCCAACAUCGUGGAGCGCUACAGCGCCUUCCCGCUGGACGCCAUCCUCAACGCGCGCCGCGCCGCGCGACCCUGCCAGGCGCACGACAAGGUCAAGCUCUUCUGCCUCACGGACCGCGCGCUGCUCUGCUUCUUCUGCGACGAGCCCGCACUGCACGAGCAGCACCAGGUCACCGGCAUCGACGAUGCCUUCGAGGAGUUGCAGAGGGAGCUGAAGGAGCAGCUUCAGGCCCUUCAGGACAGCGAGCGGGAGCACACGGAGGCGCUGCAGCUGCUCAAGCGACAGCUGGCGGAGACCAAGUCUUCCACUAAAAGCCUGCGGACCACCAUCGGCGAGGCCUUCGAGCGGCUGCACCGGCUGCUGCGCGAGCGGCAGAAGGCCAUGCUGGAGGAGCUGGAGGCGGACACGGCCCGCACGCUGACCGACAUCGAGCAGAAGGUCCAGCGCUACAGCCAGCAGCUACGCAAGGUGCAGGAGGGGGCCCAGAUCCUGCAGGAGCGGCUGGCGGAAACCGACCGACACACCUUCCUGGCCGGGGUGGCCUCCCUGUCCGAGCGGCUCAAAGGGAAAAUCCACGAGACGAAUCUGACGUACGAAGACUUCCCGACCUCCAAGUACACAGGCCCCCUGCAGUACACCAUCUGGAAGUCCCUGUUCCAGGACAUCCACCCAGUGCCAGCUGCCCUGACCCUGGACCCGGGCACCGCCCACCAGCGCCUGAUCCUGUCCGACGACUGCACCAUUGUGGCCUACGGCAACUUGCACCCACAGCCGCUGCAGGACUCGCCGAAGCGAUUCGACGUGGAGGUGUCGGUGCUGGGCUCCGAGGCCUUCAGUGGCGGCGUGCACUACUGGGAGGUGGUGGUGGCGGAGAAGACCCAGUGGGUGAUUGGGCUGGCACACGAGGCCGCAAGCCGUAAGGGCAGCAUCCAGAUCCAGCCCAGCCGCGGCUUCUACUGCAUCGUCAUGCACGAUGGCAACCAGUACAGCGCCUGCACCGAGCCCUGGACGCGGCUCAACGUCCGCGACAAGCUUGACAAGGUGGGCGUCUUCCUGGACUACGACCAAGGGCUGCUUAUCUUCUACAAUGCUGACGACAUGUCCUGGCUCUACACCUUCCGGGAGAAGUUCCCCGGCAAGCUCUGCUCCUACUUCAGCCCCGGGCAGAGCCACGCCAACGGCAAGAACGUGCAGCCGUUGCGGAUCAACACUGUGCGAAUCUAGUGCAGUAGAGGGAGACUGCAGGCCCUGGGCCAUGGCCGCCAGCAAGAGCCCCGCCAAGAGACGGGAGGCCUGGACUCCGGCCCAGCUUGGCCACCCUGAGAUCUCAGGCCAGAUGUUUACCCUUCAGCCUCGUCUGUAAAAUGGAGGUCGUGCCCCACGAUUCCCAGACUCUCUCCCAGCAUUGAUGUUCUGUAGCUGUGACCUUGAGGGGGUGUAGCUUUGGUCUGAGGAUGUGACAUCCUCAGGACAGCCCCUGCCCAACCCUCAUCCCCAUCCUCUCAGGGGCAGGGGACUGCCUCCCCACCUCUCCCUCCUGCCCUCCCACUUGCCCUGACCUCAGGAUGUGUCAGUGUCGCCAGCAGUUGGCAGCCUGAAAUAUACACAGAACCCUCUUAUGCUCCCAGGCCUAAGACUUGCGCCUGAGCAAGCUAGGGAUGGGCCAUUUUGCCCUUGACCCCAGCCCACAGUGGACACAGGCUGUAGCUGGUCCUCGGGUUGCCUGAGGACCACCCUCUCCUUCCACCUCUGGACCAAGAGCUUUAUGGUUCCUGCUUUCCCCACUUACCUGCGGGGAGAGAGAGAUGAUGCUGUGGCCUCUGGAAGGCACCCAGUAGUUGAGCCCACAUGUUACAGUCACUGCCACCACUUUCCUGCCCACAGGUCUAAAGGCAGGACAAAGGCACACCCUGAGGCUGAUGCAGAGCCUAGUAGCCUAGUAGCCUAGUAGCCUGCCACUGUAGGACAAACAUCGCUGGAUGAUGGAGGUCCCUAGCAGCUUGGAUAAGGGUCCAGCCAGGCCCCUGUGACCAGGCUAGGGUGCAGGAGGGGGCGGAGAGCAAUUGUUUUAGUCAGGACCUGAGCCCUGGGACGGGCUGUUGGCUGAGACGUCUCAGCAAUCUUGGCAUCUUUCUCAGUUAAGAUCCUGUUGCAGAAAAGAGCGGCUUUAGCUAGUUUAAUUAGACAGGAUUUAUUACCAGGUCCCUGAUGGCUUCGCAAAUUCACUGGAAGGGCAGGAGGAGCAGACUCUUUGCUGAAUUUCCAGGAACAAAAACUCCUAGCCACCAGGAACUCUGCUCCCACCUCAGGAAGCCACGGCAUCCGGAAGCUGCUGACUGCAGAACUGGGCUCCCUGUGCUACUGCCUAUGCCAGCCAAUGGGUGUCCUGAGGCCUACCUCUCUCCCACUCAGUUCAGUUCCCAAUCCAAAUCUCUAUGAGGGAUUCUGUUUGGAGAAACUUAGAUCCAGAACCUCGGCUGCAGGGGAGUCUGGGAAAUGUAGUUUUCUUCUGUCCAGCCUCAGCCACACAAAAGGCCCACUAGAAGGAAGUCAGAAUGGAUGUUGAACAAGCCCAUCUAUGGCUUUGGCCCAGGAGGCCACCUCCAGGCCUUGGCUCUGAAGCAGCAGAGCCUCCAGGGGUCCCGCUCUGUGGCUGUGUCCCCGCCCAGGGCUGGGAGCCCGAGGGGUGGGCCUGCAGGACUGAGCUGAAAUGUUCUCUGGCCUGGCUCUUCUUUCUAGACCUGGGGCCUAGAUUCUGAACGUGGGUCAGGUCUCUGACCACAACUACCCCAAAGGAGCCAGACCAGCUCGUCUUGGGGGACUCCCACCUCACAGCAGCUGCUCACUGGGGCCUCCUUUGGGUAGGAGGAAGCCUCAGUCUCCCCCUGCCUCUUCAUCUCCCAGAAUCUGGGCCACCCCCAGCAGUAUUUUUAUUUUAAAUGUUGCCCAUUUUGUGAGUUAUGAUGAAUUUGUAUUAAAUUAAAGUUACAGGA